AUGGAAUGGCUACUCGAGGUAGCUGGUUCCGAGCUGGUCAACUGUCCAGGCGGAUGGGUUAAGACUCUAGGCACAUUUUGUGCAAUGAUGGGCUGGGCCGUAUCUUCUUCUAAUGGGGGUUGGACUUCAGCCACACGCACAUCAAUGAAGGCCAAGGACGCUCAAACCCUUGCCAAACAAAUCACAGCACUGUCUCGGUUUCUCCAAGCCGGAUUCGCGGAUGAAUCGUCCCAAGUGGAGAGCUCUUCUCAAUACUGGGAUGCUCUGUACAGAGUGCCUCGUGCGCCGAAUUCCUUUGAAUAUCUCAAUCUCUCUGGCGCUCGUCGUGAUGAAGAAGGCGAGAUGUAUUCAAAUCGAGCGGCCCGGCAAGAAAUAUUCUGCAAAAGGUUUCUUGAUGCUAUUAGCAAAGGCCUUGAUAAAGCCAAGAAAGAAGGAGGUGCUACUGGUCGUGCUGCCUCUUCGAUGGAGCAGGUUUUGAAGGACGGCUUGGCCGAUUUUGAGCCUUCAACUGCAAUGGAUACACAAGAUCUGCUCGAUUUAUGGUGA